AUGGCAUUUAAAAAUAAAAAUGCGAAGCAAGCUCCUAAGUUAACGCGAAAAGAGCAGCGAAAAGUGAAACGUAAGGAUAAGAAAGUGCGAAAAAAUGAGUUUUUCUCGAAGAAAAAGGGCGAUGUGAACGUGAACAAUAACAAUGCUAGUGUUGUUGAAAAUGAAAAGUUUGGUGGAAAAGCGAAAGGAAAGAAAAAAGAAAAGCCAGUAAACACAGGUGUUAAAGAGAAACAACCAGAUGUCAUUGCAAAUAAGGUUUUAUCAUCAGAGAAAUUGAGGGAAAAGGAAAUGAAAGAAAAAAGAAAACUAACAAACGAGAUGAAGAAGCAACGAUUCAAGCAACUACUCGAAGCCAAUAAGGAAGAAGAUAAAAUCAUACAACAAAUGGAGAAACAACUGGGUUUAAAAAAACGGAAAUCCAAAUCCAUCCCGAAAAGCUUCACCGAAGACGGCUUAGACUUUUUAUUGGAGGUGGUCGAUCCGGAAUACUUAAAAAAUGCAUCCCAUCAAGAUAUGGAAGAAGCCGAUAACGAUUUCGAAGAGGACUUUGCUCUAAUGUCUGGAAAACCUGUAGAACAACCACAAAAAAAUAAAACCCUAAAAAGAAAAACCGACGAUAAACCCGAAAGCAAAAGCAAACGACAAAAAACGUCUGUUUCUGAUGAAGAUUAUAGUAAUAGUGAUGAAAGUUUCGAUGAAAAUAACAGCGAAUCAGACAUUGAAGAUGAAGCUGAUGAUGGUAGUGCAUCAGAAAUUGACAUAGAAGAUGAUGAUAAUGAUAUGAGUAGAUCAGAUGGUGAUUUGGAAGGUGGUAGUCUAUCAGAAGAUGAUUAUGAUGAUGAGAAUUUAUCAGGCGAGGAUGUAGAAACUACAAAUGAUUCUAAUGCUUCAGAUGAUGAAGCUGCUGAUGACGAUUCAAGUUCUAAAGAAGAUAUUCCAGAGAAGGAAAUAGUGCAUAAAGGAUUAGCGAAGCUAUUACCUGGAGGGAAUAUGUGGGAGGACAUUUACGGGCGUUUGAGGGCUCCCGAUGGAUCAAUCGUAUCAGAAAAGAAGGAGCAAUCCGAAUCGAAGUACAUACCACCAGCUUUGAGAAAUAAAAUUAAAGAUAAUGAACCUGAAGACAAAAUACGCCAGGAGAAGCUAAAUCGUUUGAGAAAACAACUCAAAGGAUUAUUGAACAAGCUAGCAGAAUCGAACAUGCACAGUAUAGCAUCGCAAAUCGAAGACCUGUACAUGAACAACAGCCGAAACGACAUGAACGAAACCCUCACCAAUUUAAUAAUGGAAUCUUUGGUAUCAGAGGUUAUCGCUCCCGAAAGACUCUUAAUAGAACACGUUGUUUUACUAACAAUAUUACACGCGAAUGUCGGGACUGAAGUAGGAGCGCAUUUUCUGCAGAGCCUCGUUAAAAAAUUGGACGAGCAUUUAACCGGCGAUUGCGAAGUGGAAGACAAGACGCUAGAUAACAUCGUGCGUAUAACAGCCCAGUUGUACAACUUCAAAUUGUUCGACGCCAAGUUGAUAUACGAGGUGUUGCGAAAACUAGCGGACGGGUUCAAAGAGAAAGACGUCGAAUGCAUUUUGCACGUUCUGAGAAGCGUCGGGUUCGGUUUGAGAAAGGACGAUCCGUUGGCUUUGAAGAAUUUGAUUAUCGACCUGCAGAACCGAGCGAACAAGGCCAGCGAUGAAGAGAAGGAUAAUUCGCGAGUGAAAUUCAUGUUAGAUAUAUUACUAGCGAUUAAAAAUAACAACGUAACGAAGAUACCGAACUACGAUGUGUCUUACUCGGAGCAUAUGAAGAAGAUUAUGAAAGGGUUUAUUAGAAAAGGAAAUUAUGUUACUAUGCUUAAUAUAAGCCUGGAGGAUUUGUUAAAAGCCGAUGAGCGUGGUAAAUGGUGGGUAGUGGGCUCGGCUUGGUCGGGUAAAAGUGCGGAAAGCGCGAAAUCCGAAAAAGUUUCAAAAACUGAAGGGUUUUCCGCGAAAUUACUGGAACUUGCCAGGCAGCAAAGGAUGAACACUGAUAUAAGGCGAAAUAUAUUUUGUAUAAUCAUGUCUGCUGAGGAUUAUUUGGAUGCAUUCGAAAAGCUUCUCAAAUUAGGAUUAAAGAAUACACAAGAAAGAGAAAUUAUAAACAUUUUAUUGCACUGCUGUCUUCAGGAAAAAAAUUACAAUCCAUAUUAUGGUUAUGUAGCGCAGAAAUUCUGCGAUUUCGAUAGGAAAUAUCAGCUAACAAUUAAAUACUCUAUAUGGGAUAAAUUAAAAGUGAUUGGUGACCACUCAGGUUCACAGUUAUCCAAUUUAGCGAAAUUGUUGAUACAUUUAUUCAUAGAGAAAGGUUUGCCUAUAUCAAUUCUCAAGAUUGUUCAAUUUAGCGAAUUAGACAAGACAACUUUACGAUUUAUGAGGCAAAUUCUACUGGGUAUUCUACUUCACAAGGAUUUAGAAGCUUGCCUAUCCGUAUUCGCCAGAGUAGCGCACUCGGAAAAACUGAAACUAUUCAGGGAAAGCUUGAGAUUGUUCAUCCACCAUUUCCUAUUGAGGAACCUCAACACCGAUAAAAUACCGGAGGAUGAGAAAAGUUUGAUCGAAAGUAGAGUGAAAAUCGUUGAAAAUGUUUUAACUUCGAAGAAAAAUAAAGCUAUUUGA